AUGAAGUCGAAAGACCUUCGAAAAGUCGUUAUGCGAAUGAGUGAUAAUGGCAUGUCAUCAGUACAAAUUGCUAAGCAACUACGAAAUGUCGUCAGUCAACAUACUAUUGGACGAUGGCAAAAUUUAUAUAAAGAAAAAGGUGAAAUUGAUCUAAAAAAAUCAACUGGUAGAUCGAGAAUUGUUAAUUCAACAUAUCCGGAAUUAACCGGCGAUUUAUUAACCGCUACUUCUGAACGUAUCGUUAAAAAAGUAACUUUAGAUUUAUUAACCGAUAAUACCGAUCAAGAUAAUAUUACAAUGUCGAAUCCAAUGCAAGAUUCAGCUAUGAUGAUUUGUUAUCGUGAAUGUUUAACAAACUUAGGAAAAUUUCCAGGAGAUGAUAAUACAACAAUUCUACAAUUUAUUACUAACAUCGAACGUAUUGGAAAAAUGAUCGAAGCAAAUGACGAUAUUUUAUAUUGUAUGUGUACAGCAAAAUUAGAUGGUGAAGCUAAACGUUGGUAUGAAAACAACAUGUCAUUAACUCAGUGGCAAGAGUUAAAAUUAGCAUUAUUAGAGCGAUUUACGUCUUCAGUCUCAUCGUCAAAAUUAUUUGAACAAUUGAAAGACCAAAAACAAAGACCCGAUGAAACAGUUACAUCAUAUUAUGAUGCUAUUAUUAAAUUAUGUCACGAAUACGAUCCAUCUAUGUCACAAAAAAUGAAAAUAUCAUGGUUAGAAAACGGAAUCAAUGAUUCAUUAAAAAUACAAAUUAAACGACAAAUGAAAUUAUUAUCCGAAUCCCAACGAACAACACAAGCAUUCCUGAAAAUUGCGAAGGACGAGCAAGAACUGCAGGAAGAAAACGUAACAGCAUCUGAACCUACAUCAUCACACACACCUUAUUUUUCAAAUGCUGUGUCAACAACAUUACAUCAGACAAAUAAUACGCAUUCCAACGUCCCUACACAUCCAGUCACAAUCAAUUCACAAUCACCAACACCUCCUAAUCGUACAUCACGUCCUCAACGGCAAAAUAUUACACCACAUCAUCAAUCAAAUACCAACACAUACAAAUCAUCUCCAUGUUAUAUUUGCAAACGGAAUAACCAUCGUUUUCUGCUAACUGGAACCCGUGAUGGUGGUGAUUCCAGUAUUACAAAACAAAUUCCAUCACCCAUUUAUAUAAAUGUACAAGUUAAUAAUAAACGUCAACAUGCUAUUAUCGACACCGGAUCAGCAGUUACCAUCAUCAGUAAACAAUUAUUAUCCAAAAUUGAUCAUAGGAAAUUUAAAUAUAAACGCAAAUUACAUAAAUCAGCAAAUUGUACAUCGAUUAAUAUUAUCGGUGAAAUUGAACUCGAAGUUCAAAUACAAGGUUACAAAUCGUUAAUAUUAGCCGAUGUUGCCACAAAUCUUAUAACCGAUCUAUUACUUGGGAAUGAUUGGAUAGCCGCAAAUAAUGUCGUCAUCGAUUCACCACAACAACAUAUAUUUAUUAUGAAUAAUCAAUGUCGAUUGAUAGCAACUGCACCAUUCCUCAAUAUAACAUCACUUCAACAACCUGUUUUAUUAAUUAACGAAAUCGUUUUACCACCAUAUUCGGAACAAAUCAUCGACGUACAAGUUUCUUUACAUACAAAAAACGUACCCGAAGUAUUAUUCGAACCGGCUUCAAGUUUAUAUUCAAAACACAUAUUAUUAACUAAUGCAUUAGUCAAAGUGGAAAAUAAUCGAAGUAAACUUCUAAUUAUGAAUGUAACUAAUCGUGAACGAAUGUUACAACGCAAUACCAAGUUAGGACAUGCUUCAUCUCCAUCCGAAAUCAAUAAUUAUUUUACUUUACCUGUAUUUAAAGACAAACAACAUUAUCAAAAAAAGCAAUUAACAACAAUCACUGAUAGGAGGAAUAGUACCUUCACGGGUCAUUCCUGCGCUACAGCUUUUCAACAUCGUAGGAAAACUCAUUUUAUGAGUUUAACCUGUCAUACCAACAACUAUAAUGAACAACCAUUUCCAUGUUAUGUAUGUGAAGAAAAAUUCUUAUCACAUAAUGACCUUCAACAUCAUUUACGUCAGCAAUGUUAUCCGGAAUAUAUGCGUCAACAAAUUGAUUUAUUAACUCAACAUAUUCAAGAUCCAAAACAACGGCAACGUCUGCAAAACAUUUUAUGGAAACAUGGCAAGUUAUUUGAUCUUCGUCAGCCAUCUAUUAUUAAAGCAACUGUACGUCAUGCUAUCGAUACAAGUACUCAUCCACCAAUUUAUACUCCACCAUAUCGUGUUUCAUACAAGGAUGAACAGCUACAACGAGAAGAAAUAGAUAAAUUAUUAAAACAAGGAAUAAUUGAAGAAUCUGUAUCCCCAUGGUCAUCUCCAAUCGUCCUGGUCAAGAAAAAAGAUGGAUCAGUUAGAUUUUGCAUUGACUUUCGCAAAUUAAACAAUAUUACUACAAAAGAUGCAUUUCCUAUGCCUCGAAUUGAUGAUAUAUUUGACCAUUUAUCACAAGCCGAAUAUUACACCACAAUUGAUUUUAAAUCCGGUUAUUUUCAAGUCGGUCUUGAUCCGAAAGACCGUCCGAAAACAGCAUUUUCAACACGUGAUCAACAUUAUCAAUUUACAGUGUUACCUCAAGGUGUUACGAAUGGUCCUCCAGCAUUUCAACGGAUCGUUAGUCAAAUACUCGGAUCGACAAGAUGGCAAUAUUCCUUAGCUUAUCUCGAUGAUGUUAUUAUUUAUUCACCAACAUUUGACCAACAUUUAAUUCACCUUGAUGAUAUUCUCACUCGAUUAAAUGAUGCAAAUUUUCGUCUUAAUGUUAAUAAAUGUCAAAUAGCCCGUACGUCCAUUGAUUAUCUUGGUCAUAAUAUCGAACAUAGAAACAUUAGACCAAAUGCAGACAACAUUCGUGCAUUAGAAAAAACUUCACAACCUACAACAGCUAAAGAAGCUUUUCGAUUUGUUAAAGCAGCCGAAUAUUAUCGUAAAUUUAUACAAAAUUUUUCAACAAUCGCACAACCGUUACAUAAAUACGCCCCAACAACGAAAGAUCAACGAUUAAAAAAAUCACAGGCAACACCUAUUACAUUAUCCGACGAUGAACUUAAUGCAUUUAAUACAUUAAAACGAAUAUUAACUUAUGACUUAGUAUUACGAAUUCCUAAUCCAAAUUUACCAUUUAAGAUUCACACUGAUGCAUCAAGAAUUGGCAUUGGUGCUGUACUUAUGCAAACUCAUAGUAAUGGUGAUUUACCCGUAGCUUAUUUAUCAAAAAAAUUCACUGCAACACAAAUGAAUUGGCCAGCAACAGAACAAGAAUGUUAUGCGAUUAUAUAUGCCAUCGAGAAGUGGCAUAAAUAUUUAGACGGACGUCCAUUUGUUAUUGAAACCGACCAUAAACCAUUAUUACCAUUUAAUUUGAAACAACAAUUAAAUGCAAAAUGUGAACGAUGGCGUCUGAAAUUACAACAAUACCAAUUUACUAUUCGAUAUAUUAAAGGAAAACAUAACACGGUAGCCGAUUAUUUAUCCCGUUCACCCGUCGAAAAUGAAUCUAUCGAUGAAGAUGAUCACAUUAUAACAAAUUCAAAAGCAACGCAAACUGACCAUCCGACUAAUAACCAAAUUAUUGCUCCUGUUAUCACCAGAGCACAAGCAAAACGACAAGUAAAUAGUAGGCCUGAUUGUCCUCCGACAACUCAAGCCUGUGACUCACAACAACGAAGGAAUAUCGAUUUACCAGUCGAACAUUCCUGUAGUGUACCACCUGAACAAUUACCCAGAACGACUAACAACGAUGAUGUUAAUAAAAUUUUACCGUUUACAUUGGAACACCUUAAAGAAUUACAAUACCAAGAUGUAGAACUUAAAAAUAUAAUCGACAAUAUACAUCGUUAUCCAGAAUAUGUUAUGGAAAAUGACAUAUUAAUGAAGAAUGCUUCAACACCAGUACCAGUAGUGCCAAAAGGAAGAAUUCGUUCUGAUAUUAUUAAAAUUUAUCAUGAUACACCAGCAAAUGGUGCACACUUUGGUCGUACACGAACUGUUCAAAAAAUUCAACAACGUUACUUUUGGCCUAAUAUGACCUCAGGCAUAAAAAAUCAUAUUAAAUCAUGCAUUCCUUGCUUACAAAACAAUCAUUUACGACGAAAACCGCCAGGUGCUUUACAACCAAUUAAACCACCUGAAGGUAUUUGGCAAUUACUAACGAUGGACUUUCACGGACCAAUUACACCAACGACGAAACAAGGCAAUCGAUAUAUUAUUUCACUCACUGACGUUAUGUCAAAAUUCGUUAUUGCAAAAGCAGUACGUGACGCCACUGCUACAACAGCUGCACAUUUUCUUACUGAAGAAGUUAUUCUCAAAUAUGGAACUCCAAAAUGUAUUCUCACAGAUAAUGGAACACAUUUUACCGCCGAAAUGAUGAAUCAAUUAUUUAAGAAACUUGGCAUUGUACAUUUAUAUUCUACACCUUACCAUCCGAUGACUAAUGGACAAGUAGAACGUUAUAAUGCAACGAUGGAUUCUAAAAUAGCAGCAUUAUCAAAUGAGAAAAGAACCGAUUGGGACCAACAACUGCCCUUCGUCACUUUCAAUUAUAAUACUACUAUUCACACAACAAGCGGCUUUAUUCCAUUUGAAAUGAUGUAUGGUCGUUUACCAAUACUGCCUUUUGAUCAACAAGAUCCUAUAGUUAAAUUAACUCAAGAUGCUGAUUACAUUAAAAAAUUAAAAAAUUAUUUAAACACAUUAACGGAAGACGCAAGGAAGAAUAUUUUACAACAACAACAAGAAUAUAAACAACGAUAUGAUCGUAAUCGAAUAAAUCCACAGUACAAAAUGAACGAUUUAGUAUUAAUUAAAUCACUUAAUCGACAUAAUAAAUUUGAUGUUAGAUAUGAAGGACCUUUUCGCAUUACACAACAACUUGGUAAGAAAACAUUCAUCGUUGUGCAUGUGAACAAGCCUACAUUAACACGACAAGUUACUAUAGAUGUCAUUAUACCCUUAUACGAACGAAAAAACGUGGAUUAA